AUGUCAGUACUCUUUCGAAUAAAAGGUUUUAAUUUUUAUUUAUCAUCUUCAUCAAUAAAUAGUUCUGAUCAAUGUUCAUCAGUCAAACAAGAAGAAAUCAUCGAUAGAUGGGAUGAAAUAAAUCGUCGAAAUGAAAAUGUUCUUCAUCCAGUUAAAUCUAAACAAAUAUAUCAAUCAGAAAAUGAUUUUUCAAAUAAUAAUAAUAAUAAUCAUAAAGCAUUUAAUGAUCUUUCAACAAAACCAUUUUAUAUUAAUUCUUAUCAUAGUUAUCGUCCUCUACCAGAUUUAUCAAUAAAUACAGAUCAACAAAUAAAUAUUAAUCCAUCAAUUUAUAUUAAUAAAUAUAUCAAUAAACAAUCAUCUUUUAUGUCAAUUAAUAAUGAUUCAACACUUUUAUAUGGAAAUAGUAUUAUUAAAUCUAAUAAAGCUACUGUUUUAAAUAUAUUUGAUCAACAAUUAUUAGAUGGAUAUUCAACAAAUACUUAUGUUAAUAAACAUGGAAUUAUAAUUGAUGAAGAUGGUCCAUUUUGGCCAGAAAAUUAUCGUAUUCUUCAUCCAACACCAAAAUUAUUGAGUCGUGAAUUGACACCAAAAGAAUUUUAUUUGUCAUCAUCAAUGUCAAGUAAGAAAAAAAAAAAAAAGAAAAAGAAGAAAAUGUUGAAAAUGUAA